AUGUCGACUCCGGCUCCAGCUGCGGCUCCAGCUGCGGCCCCGGAUCAGCAGCAGCCAGCUUUUCGGCGUGUGUUCGGUUUCAUCGGCGGCGCGGUCGCCAACACGGUCGCCACAUUUAUUAUUUUGGUUGUGGCGGCUUUCGUUGCUCGGCACGUGCUGGACAACAAGAACACGAUCGCCAAGACCCACUCGCCCGAAGUCGUUCAAGCUCGCAUGCUCGCACGCUUCGAGGCCGGCUCCGUCAUCCCGCCCGUCAGAAAGUCCCACAUCGAUCGCCCGGAUGUUGUUGCGAUGCUUGAAGGGGUGCUGCGCCCCAAGGAGAUGACGCGCUACCCCGUCGUCGUUGGCGAAACAGGCUGCGGCAAGACCAGCGCCGUCCUCGACGCCAUCCGACCCAACCGCACUGGCAUUGUCUACCACAUUGUCAAAAGCGAGGUGUUAGUCUCGGUGCCGGGUCUACUGGCGGGGUCUCUCGCAUUUGAGCCCAACCAAUUCAAAUUCGCAGACGCCUAUCUCGUUGACCGUGGCGCGACCUUGAAAGACAAACCGGCCGAGGAACCAUUCAAGAGUUGGGAGGCUCUUGUUGCUGAUCUCGAGAUCGUCGCCGCACAGUUCAAGGCCAAGCACGGUCAUCCUGCCACGCUCGUCAUCGACGCCGUAGACAUGAUCGCAAAGAAGGGGCCCGAACUGUUGCAUGUGAUUCAAGAUUUUGCCAAGUCGGCUGCGGACGCCAACCUGCUCAAUGUUGUUCUCGUCACCAGCGAUGGUUCGACUCUGCCCGCGCUCAAGGAAUCGUCAGCAAUGACUCGUGCUCGCGUUGUCGAAGUGGGUGAUCUCACCGACCAACAAGCUGUCACAUAUCUGGUGCGUCGUGACAUCCACGAGGAUUUGGCCAAGCGUGCGGUCGCUGAGAUUGCUGGUGGGCGUCUCAUUCUGCUCAACAAUCUAGCAGACGACCUUCAGUUCAAGACUGUGGAACAGAUCUCCACUCAGCUCUCCAUUCAAACUGCAGACUCCCUUCAAGACGUCAUUGAUUAUUCCGAGAUGCACAACGCAACAUCUGCCGUUCACAAGUCACUCUGCGAUCUCACUCACGGUGCUCUGCACAUUGACAUCGUGCACCGCGCUCUGGGGAAAGACCUCACCAAAAAGCUCCUCGCCACCAACAUCAACAUUCUCGCUUACCAUCCCAACGACACGUACACCCUUCACUCGCGCCACGUUCAACGCUCCGUGUCUACCCUGCUGAACUGCACGAGACCGUAG